CGCGCCCGCCCGCCCCUCCGCUGCCCGGCCGGGAGCCGGAGAGGCGCGCACCAUGAGCGGCGGCGAAGUGGUCUGCUCGGGAUGGCUCCGCAAGUCCCCCCCGGAGAAGAAGUUGAAGCGUUAUGCAUGGAAGAGGAGAUGGUUUGUGUUACGCAGUGGUCGCUUAACUGGAGAUCCAGAUGUCUUGGAAUAUUACAAAAAUGAUCAUGCCAAGAAGCCUAUCCGUAUUAUUGAUUUAAACUUAUGUCAGCAAGUUGAUGCUGGAUUGACGUUUAACAAAAAAGAGUUUGAAAACAGCUACAUUUUUGAUAUCAACACUAUUGACCGAAUAUUCUACUUGGUAGCAGACAGUGAGGAAGAGAUGAACAAGUGGGUUCGUUGUAUUUGUGACAUCUGUGGGUUUAAUCCUACAGAAGAAGAUCCUGUGAAGCCACCUGGCAGCUCCAUACAAGCGCCAGCUGAUUUACCUUUAGCUGUAAGUACAGCACCACCAUCCACCCAGGUGGAUUCAUCCUCCGCUGUUGCGCCUCCUCCAUAUCAGCUAAUUAACCUACCACCACACCUAGAAACCCUUGGCAUCCAGGAGGAUCCUCAAGACUACCUCUUGCUAAUCAACUGUCAAAGCAAGAAGCCUGAACCCACCAGCCAAGGGUCAUCUUUUGUUUCUGAAGAAGGAGAGGAAUACCUACUACUAGAAGAUUUUGAAAGCAAAACGAUUCCAUUGCAAACACACGCUGAUUCUGCAAAAUCCACCUCUUCUGAAACAGACUGCAAUGAUAACGUCCCUUCUCAUAAAAAUCCUGCUUCCUCCCAGAACAAACAUGGAAUGAAUGGCUUUUUUCAGCAGCAAAUGAUGUAUGACUCUCCACCGUCUCGUGCUGCAUCUGUUUCUGUAGACUCCAGCCUUUAUAACCUGCCCAGGAGUUACUCCCACGAUGUUUUACCAAAGGUGUCUCCAUCGAGUACCGAGGCAGAUGGAGAACUCUAUGUUUUUAAUACCCCAUCUGGGACAUCAAGUGUAGAGACUCAAAUGAGGCAUGUAUCUAUUAGUUAUGACAUUCCUCCAACACCUGGUAAUACUUAUCAGAUUCCACGAACAUUUCCAGAAGGAACUUUGGGACAGACGUCAAAGCUAGACACUAUUCCAGAUAUUCCUCCACCUCGGCCGCCGAAACCACAUCCAGCUCAUGACCGAUCUCCUGUGGAAACGUGCAGUAUCCCUCGCACGGCCUCAGAUACUGACAAUAGUUACUGUAUCCCUACAGCAGGGAUGCCACCAUCACGUAGUAAUACCAUUUCCACUGUGGAUUUGAACAAAUUGCGAAAAGAUGCUAGUUCUCAAGACUGCUAUGAUAUUCCACGAACAUUUCCAAGUGACAGAUCUAGUUCACUUGAAGGCUUCCAUAACCACUUUAAAAUCAAAAAUAUAUUGACAGUGGGAAGCGUAUCAAGUGAAGAACUGGAUGAAAAUUACGUCCCAAUGAAUCCCAAUUCUCCUCCACGACAACAUUCCAGCAGUUUUACGGAACCAAUUCAGGAAGCAAAUUAUGUGCCAAUGACUCCGGGAACAUUUGAUUUUUCUUCAUUUGGAAUGCAAGUUCCUCCUCCUGCUCAUAUGGGCUUCCGGUCCAGCCCAAAGACCCCUCCCCGAAGGCCAGUUCCUGUUGCAGACUGUGAACCACCCCCCGUGGAUAGGAACCUCAAGCCUGACAGAAAAGGUCAAAGUCCUAAAAUUUUAAGACCCAAAACCCAUGGUUUAGAGCGAACUGAUUCACAAACCAUAGGUGACUUUGCUACAAGAAGAAAGGCCAAGCCAGCACCUUUAGAAAUAAAACCUUUGCCAGAAUGGGAAGAGCUACAAGCCCCAGUUAGAUCUCCCAUCACUAGGAGUUUUGCUCGAGACUCCUCUAGGUUUCCCUUAUCUCCCCGACCGGAUUCAGUGCAUAGCACAACUUCAAGCAGCGACUCCCACGACAGUGAAGAGAAUUACGUUCCCAUGAACCCAAACCUUUCCAGCGAGGACUCAAAUCUUUUUGGCAGUAAUAGUCUUGAUGGAAGAAGCAGUCCUAUGGUCAAGCCCAAAGGAGACAAACAAGUGGAAUACCUAGAUCUCGAUUUAGAUUCUGGGAAAUCCACACCACCACGUAAGCAAAAGAGCAGUGGCUCAGGCAGCAGUGUAGCUGAUGAGAGAGUAGAUUAUGUUGUGGUUGACCAACAGAAGACCCUGGCCCUAAAGAGCACCCGGGAAGCCUGGACAGACGGGAGACAGUCCACAGAAUCUGAAACACCAGCCAAGAUUGUGAAAUGAGAAUAUUGCUUCGCUGUUUCUGAACAAAAGAGAACUGAAUUGUAAAGAUAAAUCCUGUUUAACUGAAGAUGACUUGACGCUUCUGUUCUAGGUAGAUCCUCAACUGAGUAGAAUUGAAGUCAAAGGACCUUUCAGACAAAAUCAAACAAUUUAGACUGUAAAUGGUGCUUUGUGGUAUCUGAACAAUUCAUAACAUGUAAAUAAUGUGGGAAAAUAGUAUUGUCUAGCUCCCAGAGAAACAUUUGUUCCAUAGUUAACUCACUUGUAGUAUUACUGUAUUUAUGCACUUUUUCAUUUAAAACGUUGGUUUGGGUAUUCCCAAAUGUUCCUUAACAAUAAUUCCUUUGGGAGUUCUUGUUUUUCCUCACACUACUCUAUAUAACAAUACUAAGUUAACUAAGCUACUCUUAGAUUUGGAAAUUGCUCUUUAAACUGCACUCUAACAACAUUAAAAUGAGAAGUAGAUCCACGAUUUACCUUUCUACCUGAAACUUGAGGUGAUAACCGUUAGCUUAGACUACAGUGUAUAUUGGACUCAUCAUUCACUGCCUUCCAAAAUGCUGAGGAUGAUAUAUGUACUGGUGUCAGGAACUAAUUCUCUGGUUCAUGUACAUUUAGUUUUCAAUGGUGGAACUUUAUUGUAUUUUGUUAAUUACAGUGUUUUUGGUUCAUUGAGUGAAGAUUCUGCCAGGUGGGAUCUUGCACCUUGGAAUACACUAUCAAGUAAGCCUACAGAUCACUUACAGUAUGCGGUGAUGAUGUGCUCUCACACCUGUUAACGUGUAUUAAACUUUACAUUAUUUGCAAAACAUAGGUUAUAUAACUAAUGAGGUACGUACCAGGCACUCAUGUGCUAAUACACUGAUCAGGUUUAGACAAUGAGCUUUAGUAGUGUUCUUGUAAGUCCUAAUAUUGGUUUCCAGUUUGGACUUAAUCAGACAUUCACUGUUAGUUAUAGCAACAUACUGUGAUUUUUUUAAUUAGACAGUAAUUCAGAUUUAUUACUCUUAAGAAUGAAAUUCUGUCUUUUGACACCAUAGUGCCCUUUCUAUGAUUUUUUUAGCUUUACUUUAUAUUCUUCUUGGCCUUAUAUUUAAAUCCCUAUGCAAUUAAUAUUUUAUAUCUACAUUAAAAAAAUAGAUGUUCUAUAAGCGAUUCUCAUAUGUAGCACCUAUUGCUUUUCCAGUAAAUAAUUAAGGAUUUUGUACUGUGAUUUCUAUUCACUGCCCUAAUUCGAGAAAUACUGAAGCAUUGCUAUAAUGUGAAAUCUUAUAGUCAUGGACCUCCUCCAACCAGAUUUCUGAAAUGACCGGAGGAAUUAUAUAAAUUCUGUCUCACCUAUUAUAUGGUCCUGUGACAUGAUAUCAAAACCACAAAUUUUAUAUAGUGAGGCUACAAUUAUAUUUACCUGUUUUGGCUUUGCAGUAUAAUUUAGAAAGCAGGUAUGGUUGUUUGCUUGUUUUUUAACUAAGUUACAUACAAUCUCUUAUUGAUUUGAGCUUACUAACAGUUUUUGGAGGGGGCAGAGAUAGGAGUGCCCACAGCUGAGGCAUGAUUCCCUCCAUUCAGACCUCUGACUGUUGCCUGAGUACACAGAUGUGCCCUGAUAUCUGGUCUCUUGGCCAUAGUACUGUGCCUAAUCAAUGUAAUGGGUUUAUUUCCCCAACCCGUGAACUAAAAAAAAUGUUCAUAACAUGAUGAAUUGUAGACUAGUAACAUUUGAUGCUUUUAAAUGUUUGCUUCUUUUUAAACAAAAACUAAAAUCCAGAAGUGAAUUUUCAGGUGGAUUUUUAAAUAAAAAGAUUGUUUGAA